AUGGGCAAUUACGUUUCUUGCACUCUAUCCACUCCUUUGAUCAAGAAUUCCAAGGCCGCCAGGGUUGUUCUUCCCACCGGAGAAGUUAGGCAAUUUCGCCAUCAGCCCGUCAAAGCGGCAGAGCUCAUGUUGGAGUGUCCUAACUUCUUCUUGGUAAACUCACAAUCUCUUCACAUAGGCAGGAGGUUCUCUGCUCUUUCUGCUGAUGAGGAGGUGGAAUUUGGUAAUGUUUACAUUAUGUUUCCUAUGAAGAGACUGAAUUCCGUUGUCACUGCAGCUGAUAUGGCUGCACUUUUCAUGGCUGCAAAUUCAGCUGCUAAGCGUGUAUCUGGAGGGAAUAAUAGUAAUAAGGUCAGUGUCUUGCCGGAGGCCAGCAGUUCCCUGCAGGGCAGUGAAGAUGGAGGGUCAAGAUUAGGUAGUUCUGAGGAGGAGAUUGAAGGGUUUCCAAUGCCGGAAUUCAAGUACAGGUUAUCUGUGCGUAGGUCAAGGAAAUCCAUGUUAGAGACCAUAAAAGAAGAACCAGUUCGUUCAAGAUAA